GUCACUCGGCGCCGGAAGGCCGGUCCACUCCUCCCCAUGGUCCAUUUCAUCAAAGCAGAUUACAACAACAAGCUGCCCCAAACAGUAGCUCCUACAGUAGUAGUAGUCGUGCCCUCUCAUCGUCUUCUUCCUCCUCUCUGAAUCAUAAAAGAAACUCAAAAGCCAGUGAAGCUUCCUCUUCCUCCAAUGAAUCUACCUCCUCCGCUGCAUAUAUCCAAGCAUUCUUUACUCGCGCCACUAGCUAGCUAGCGUGCUCUGCAUGCCAACGCCACCUCGUGUCCACUAGCCGUACGUACGUAGCAGCUUCUCUCAAGAGCGCAGCGCGCCAUGAGCAACGUGUUCGGCGUCGGCGGCCAUGGCCGUGGUGACCACGGACAUGGAGGAGGAGGAGGGGAGCAGCAUGGGGGAGCGGACGGCACGCUGCUGUGCUACUUCCACCCGCGGGAGCUGCUGGUCGGGGUCUGCGCGCACUGCCUCCGGGAGCGCCUGCUGCUGCUCCUCGCCGCCAAAAGCAACAACGGCGGGGGCCGCGCGCGCCCGCCGGCCGACGGCGCCAGCUACCUGUCGGCGCGGCCCUACUGCCGGGCGCUCCGGCGCCGGACCGGCAGCCUCUCCAGCUCGCUCCCCAAGGUGUUCGCGCUCGGCUCCUUCCUCCAGCGCCUCGACUCCUCCCGCCACCACCACCACCACCACCCCGACGAGGUCGUCCACGACCACGACGGCGGCGGCGGUUGCGAGGACAAGGACAGGAACGCCGGCGCCGAGGACGACGACGCGGCCUCCGUCGCGAGCCUCGAUGAUUCCUUCAUAUCCAUCAAGUUCGAGGACAACGGCAAGGCGACGUGGGUGGACAGCCAGCAGACGUCACUAAAGCCGGUGCGCGAGGCGCCGGCGGCGGCGGCGGCGGCAGCGACGACCAAGACAACGAAGACGACGGCGUUGGUGGUGGAGCAGGCGAGCCGGCGGGGCGGCGUGACGCGGUGGCGGAAGCAGGUGGUGGGGCGGCUGCUGCAGCUGGCGCGGUGGAAGCGGGCGUCGGGCAAGCAGUCGUCGUCCUCGGCGGCGGCGGACCAGCGGUCGAAGGUGCGCGGCGGCGGCGGCCGGGGCUGGAUCCGGAGCCUGACGCGGCGGCGCGCCGCGCACGGCGAGAGGGCGUGGUCGUGAGCGGGCCACGGCCACCUACACGUCCACACGUGAUCGGUGGAUCGAGGAGUAUGUUAUGUACGUACGCACGUGGCGCUCCUGUUUGUUUGUGACCUUGUGCAUACGGCCAGCCACAGAUCCAUCCAUAGCCAUAUCCAUUUCCAUAUAGCAAUCAUAAUCAUAUAUAGAUAUAUAUAAAUUUACACAGCAAAAGAAGGGAAGAAUCGCAUUAAUAUUCUGCAGAUCUCGUUUCUUUCUUCUUGCAUGAGAGGUGUUUGUUUGUUCCCAAGAAUCUUGCUUGCUCAUGAGUUUUGACAUAUAUAAAAACAGAUUUAAAAAACGGCUCGUUGUGUAUGCAUACAAAUGUAUGUUUUUCGUUCCGGCAACAAGUGCUGCCAUGGUAUUACUCUCAACUCUCAA